UUCUUAUCACGUGAUCAUCACACUUCGUGUUUCUGAUGUGGCGACAACGUCGGAGGAUUCUGCGACGAAAUACACGAAAAAUGGUGGUAUUUUCACAUCCUAUCCCAUAUUUUCCAACUUAGAUGAAAAGGAGCAAGCAUAAGACAUGUUCAGGGUUCUUCAGAAUCUACCACAAAGAUUGUUCAAGUCUCACCAUGGGCAUAGUGGAGUCUACUGGGCCAAUAGAGGGCAGCCUGUGGCUGAAUCUCAACGCAGGAAGUAUCAGGAUAACAUCAUCGUGGUCUCUUAUCCAAGUCAUGACCUAGAUGCAAGCCUUCACACAAGCAGCCGCCUUGAGAAGGUUGGACACCAGGGGAGCUCUGAUGAAGAAUGGAAGAGGAGCUUCAAGCAGCGGAUAGAAUGGGACUCCUUCCGAAGGUCUAGCUAUGCCUCAGAAGCUCUCGGAUGGGGCUCCAUCAUUGUUCUGGGCCUGCAGCUUGGCCGCUUCUUCUCCACUGGUACACCUGGUGAUAAUCGUAGGACGAUACACGAGAGUCUGCUGUCCUCUAUCGCUCACGUCCUGCCGUGUCCGUACUCGUCCAGCCAUGUAUCGCACAGGAGGAGUAUCCUCCCAGAGGAAGAGACGAGCGAGAAGAGAAGGGAAGAAAGCACUCGAUCUGCGUCUGAUGAGAGUUUCUCGCACCUGUCGAAUGAAAGCCAGUAUUGGGAUUACAAGCCCUCUGAUGGUCAGGCAGGUGGAUUGUUCAAGACGAGUCAGGAGAAGUCAUCACCAUCCUCCUCCUCCUCCAUCUCCUCAUCCUCCUACCUUUCUUCAUUCAGCCACUCCACAAAUGAUCCUUCCAUCUCUCCAUCUUCCAUCCCAACCGACAUCCCACCUUCAUCGAGCAAAGAAUCUGAAUCGCCCUUUGACCAGGUCACCCGGCAGUGCUGGGGUCGGGUCAACAACAUCAUCGGAGGUCACCUGAUGUCGGAGGGAGAGGAAGAGAAAGCUGUCCAUCAUUUCAGGAUAGCCAGUGAAUCGGGCUACAGCAAAGGGCAGUACAACCUUGGCAUGUGCUAUGAGCUUGGGACAGGAGUUCUUCAAGAUGAUACCCAGGCUGCUGUGUUUUUCGACCUCGCUGCCCAGCAGGGUCAUUCACAAGCCCAGUACAAGCUAGGCACAUACCACCUGGAUGGGAGAGGUAACGUGGAGCCGUGUGAACAGACCGCCCUGACUCUCAUCACACAGGCAGCUGAAGGGGACGUGGUCCAGGCUCAGAGUUACCUUGGAAUGUACUACAUGACUAGUGAAGAACCUGAUCCUGAGAAGGCAGUGACUUAUCUACAGGCAGCUGCACAGCAGAAGGAUCCUGAAGCUCAGUACCAUCUAGGACUUUGCUACGAGUAUGGAUGGGGUGUAGAUACCAACCAAGCGAGGGCGUCGAGUCUCUACCACUCUGCAGCUAGCAAAGACCACGCCCCUUCACUCUAUUCGCUGGCUCUCUUCCAUGAACAAGGUCUAGGAGGUUUGCCAGAAAAUCCAUCCCAUGCCAAGGAGCUGUUUAUCAGGGCCAGCUCAUUGGGUUAUGAGAAGGCUACAGAGAAACUUCUUGAGAUGGACUCAGAAGAAAGUGAGCUCAACAGAUCCAGACUCAGAUCAAACUCAACUCUGAGCUCAGACUCGCUGUCGUCAUGGGCAACGAACUCAGAGUCAGGCUCUGAGAGCGCAGGAGUUGGUGAAACUCUACUCAAUUCAUCCUCAAGCAGUAGUAUAGACUCAGAAAUAUCAGUGUGUUUCGAUGCAGGAGCACCAAUGUCGCUGACAUCAUGGGCAACAAGCUCAGAGUCAGGCUCUGAGACUGCUGGAGUAGGUGAAACUCUACUCUCUUCGUCCUCAAGCAGUAGUAUAGACUCAGACAUGUCGGUGUGUUUCGAUGCAGGGGCACCGAUGUGUUUAGACUGGAGAGAUGUCCUGCCUCACACCAGUGGUAGUAUACAUGUAUCGUUCAGCGCACCCGAACUCACCAGUAAGAAGAGUACAUCGAUAGUGGAUGGUAGUGGAGAUGUGCAUUCCAUCCUGCACAGUUUGUCCCUUCUGAGUUUUCCCACCCUGCACCAGGGAUGGAAGGUCAGAGGUCAAGAUGGUCAGUCUGAUGGAGAAUGGACAAUAGAUCCUUUGGGAUUGACCGUUGAUGUUUCCGGGGGUCAGGAUCCUCGUCCUAGCAGAUCGGGGAAAGUGGUCUUCCAGCUUGGAGGUCUAGACGAAGAGGACAAUGUAGACUGGUGUGAACCCAUCAACGCCAUUGGUCAACAGAGACUGGUGUCAUUCAAGAGGGCUACAGCUUUUGUCUAGUUGCAGUCAAUGACUGAAUGACAUUAUGUAGGGUCCACGAACAAUGUCAUCAUGGAGAUACCAGUGCAGUCUUACACCAUUUGCAAACAUUUAGCAAAAAAGUCCUUAUUUGAUGUCUGACUCCCAGGCGGAAUGAUUGGGACUUUUUACAGAAUCAGAGCCAUAUCUAUACACAAAAUUUAGGCCAGCUUGGGUUCAUUUGGUCACAAUAUGGUGUAUAUUCUGUUUGACCAACAAAGCAGUAAAUGCCAUAUAUUGUGCCCAACUCAAACUCUGUUGGCCAAACUCUCCUAAUCAAUGAAUCUGAGAAAGAAUGUUAGCAGAGUUUUUGGUGUAUACAUGUAGAUUAGCGUGUCCCACCUAGCAGAAAGUAUAUUUGAAUUAAUGUACAUUACAUGCUCCAAAUUCAGUUUAUUUAUCUCUAGGGAUCGGCAUGCUGAAUCCUGAGACUUCUCUAUGUGGUUGCUUGGUUGUUGUUAUUCUUGUU